AGUGUCAUGUGAUGGAGAAGCUAUAGACUGUGUGUGUGGUUGUAAUUGUGUAGAUACCGAGGCCUUUCCCAGCCUCCUAGUACAUUCGUAGGCCUUAGCUCUAGCUCUAUACAGUGGUAGCGUAAAGCUGACUCAGAGCCAAGUCUUUGUGGGAGGUCCUGACUGAGAGUUCUUGUCGAAAGCAUUGAAAGUUGUUUGUUUACAGUUGAAGAGAUGAGCAAGGUCAAAGUAGCCGUCCGUGUUCGACCCAUGAACAAGAGAGAGGUGGAUAUAAAUGCAGAGUGUGUAGUGGACAUGGAGAACAGUCAGACAAUCCUCUCGUCCCCCGGAGGCUCCAAGAAAAUACCCAAGACGUUUGCAUUUGACCAUUGCUUCUGGACCAUGGACCCCACCAACCCCAAGUAUGCCAGUCAGGACACUGUGUUUGAUGCUCUUGGUGUUGAUAUCCUUGACAAUGCUUUCGAUGGCUAUAAUGCGUGUAUCUUUGCCUAUGGCCAGACAGGCUCUGGCAAGUCGUACACUAUGAUGGGCUCUCUAUCAGAUGAUGAUACUAAAGGCAUCAUCCCUCGUCUCUGUGACAGUCUCUUUGACAGGAUAGCUGAGAAACAAAACGCAGACUCGAGGUUAACGUUGAAGGUGGAGGUGUCCUAUAUGGAGAUCUACUGUGAGAAGGUUAAGGACCUGCUCUCCCCCAAAGGUACCAAGCACAAUCUGAAGGUGAGGGAGCAUAAGACACUGGGACCCUAUGUUGAGGGACUCUCCAAGCUGGCUGUCGCAUCAUUCCGGAACAUCAAUGACCUCAUGUCAGAGGGUAACAAGUCUCGAACAGUGGCAGCCACUCAAAUGAAUGCAGAGAGCUCACGAUCUCAUGCUGUCUUCUCAAUGGUUGUCACGCAGAUGGACUAUGACCCUGCUUCACGUACGGGGCUUGAGAAAGUAUCCAAGAUUAGUUUGGUUGACCUUGCUGGCAGUGAGAGAGUCUCUAAGACAGGUGCCCAAGGAUCCAGGCUCAAGGAGGGCAGUCUCAUCAACCAGUCCCUCACAACUCUUGGGCUAGUCAUAUCAUCAUUGGCAGAUAUAUCGGCAGGCAAGAAGGGACGUAAUGCAUACGUUCCGUACAGAGACUCCACUCUCACAUGGCUAUUAAAGGACAAUCUGGGUGGUAACAGCAAGACAGUGAUGGUGGCCACAGUCAGUCCUGCCUCUGAUAACUUUGAAGAGACCCUCUCCACUCUACGCUACGCUGACCGUGCCAAGAGAAUUGUCAAUCAUGCUGUAGUCAAUGAGGACCCUAACUCCAAGAUCAUCCGUGAGCUAAGAGAAGAAGUGGAGAAGUUGAGAAGCAUGAUUGGACCUGGUGGUGUAGGUAGUCCUGGUGGGGGCACUGAUCCUAAGGAUAUUAAAGAUCUCUCAGAGAAGCUACGAAUCAGUGAGAGUCUAAUGGGAGAGAUGACUAAGACUUGGGAGCAGAGGCUACAGGACACAGAACGUAUUCAUCAAGAGAGGCAGAAAGCACUCGAGGACAUGGGAAUAUCAGUACAGGCUGCUGGGAUAGGAGUGCAAAAGGACAAGUUUUAUCUGGUCAAUCUCAACGCUGACCCCUCCAUGAAUGAACUGUUAGUGUGCUAUCUGAAGGAGGUCACACGUGUUGGUCGCCCUAGCAACGAGGGGACCCCCCACCAAGAUAUCCAGCUAAGGGGGUUGGGCAUAACACAAGAGCACUGCGUCUUCGAGAUAGUGGAUGGCGAUGUCUUUCUCACCCCCAUCAAUACUGCUAGGACACUGGUGAAUGGUCAUCGUGUGACUGACAGAGUCACUGCUAAACAUGGCGAUCGUAUCCUACUGGGAAACAGCCACUUGUUCCGACUCAGUUGCCCACGACAACAGAUUGAGGGGGAGGGGGAGGGGGAGCAAGGAGAUCCUGUCCAGCUCAUGGACUAUGAGGCAGCCAUGAAGGAGAUCAACACCAAGGAGCUGCGUGAUGAUCCUAUGUACAAGAAGAUGCAGGAGGACAUGAUGGCCAAACAUGCGGCAGAGAAGGAAGGUUCCCUGGAGGCACAGAGGGUCAAAUAUGAGGAACAACUGAGCAAACUACGGGAAAGGUUGGAACAGUCUACCGCGUCAUCUCCGACACCACCCAUCCAUCGAUACACAACGCUAGAGGAAGAAUGGGAGCAGAGGAAUCGUGAGCGCCUCAUCAAUACUGUCAUCCAGGCCAACCGUCUCACACAAGAAGCUAACAUGUUAGCAGAAGCUCUACACAAGGACACAGUGUUCAAGGUCACUCUGACUGUCCCUCGGUCCUUCCUCAGCCCUCGUCAGACACUGGACUCUGAUGAGAUCAGCACUAAUAACGAGGUGGCCAUCAGAGUCCUACACAAGCAGCGAGGGACUGACUCCGUGUGGAGUACAGAAACACUUGAGGAGAAAGUCAUCGUGAUGAGGGAUAUGUAUGAACGUAUGGAGGAAGGGGGAUCCCCUCUGGACGAAACCCUCGGCCCUGACCCAUUCUACGAUCUUGAACAACAUGCUCUACUAGGAGUGGCUAAUUUCUUCCUGGACUGUCUCCAUCAUGAUGUUGCUCACGAAUAUAUAGCACCCAUUGUGGCCCCCACUGGAAAUGUAUGUGGUCAUCUCAAGGUGGCCAUUCAGAGAGUGCCUACUCCAAUGCCAGACCGUGAGCUCGGAGAGAGUGGAGAUGAUGUGGACUAUAUGUAUGUGGUUGAGGACAAUGGAGACCUGCGCCCUGGGGUCACCUUCUCAUGCCAGAUCAGUGUGCUGGAGGCAACUGGCCUGCCCAAGGAGUACUGCCAUUAUGUGUUCUGUCAGUACCAAUGGUGGCAUCAAGAUGACCCUCUCAUUAUCCCUCCUCUGGUUACAUCAGGUCAAGAGAAGCUCUCAGACAGAGUACAGAGAUUUGAACACAGUCAGGUGUUCACUAUUGAAGUAACUGAGGACUUCCUGUCUUUCAUUGAUGAGUGUGCUCUGGCAGUGGAGGUGUGGGGACACAGACGCAGUGGCUUCCUGGACAUGGGAAUGGGGGCCGGGGCAGAGGGUGACCCUGUGGAGGGAAAGAGACACAAGUCAUUCCCUGAAAAAUGGAGUGAGUUAACCCAGCGACUAGAGCUGUGGGUUGAGUUGAUGGAGUUGAGUGAUCAGGGGGAGUACAUCCCUGUGGAGAUGCAGAGCAAACCAGAGGUGGUCACAGGAGGAGUAUUCAUGAUACGACAGGGCCAGUCUCGUAGGAUCAAUGUAGCUGUACGCACAGUGUCUGGAUCUGGGAACAGUCCACUCAAAGCUGACCACAUUGACUACGUCUCCAUGGGUAGUAUCUAUCUCAGAAAUCGCUACGAUGAAGCUCUUGACUCUUAUCAGUCCCGUGAUCUAGAGAGACUGCGUAAGAAAUGGAGUGAUUGUCUGAUGAACCGUCGUGAGUACCUCGACACAGAGGUGCGUAAGAUCAUGGAGAAGAAGGAACCCAACGUGUCAGACCUAGAGAGACAGAAUGAGUUAUUGGAUCAAUGGGCCAUGCUGCAAUGGCAGAGGGCAGCAGUCCUACAGCCCAAGGCUGGUAGUGGUGUACCAGGGGCACCCACUAACUGGAGACUAGUACCAGGGUUCGAGGCUCGUGUACCCGUUGUGUUCCUAGACCUCAAUGAUGACCUCUUGACCCCUUGUGAUGAUGACCCAGUGGGGGCAGUCUCGACUGGUCCAUUGUUUGGAGAGAAGGAAGAAAGUAUGAUUGAUCUGCCCAUCAUCAAGAAGGAUGAACACACGAGGGAACCUCGUGCGACUGCCUCGUGGGACUCGACUGUUCACGAUGCUAACAGUCUCAACAAGAUCACUGGAAACAAUGAUAGAGUGUACGCCAUCUUAAAGGUGGGUGUGGCCUUAUCCCACCCCCCUGGCAUUGUAGUGGAGCUGAGGAAGAGGAUAUGUCUCAGAGUGUACAAGAGAAGUGCUCUGGGUUCACUAAUGAGAGCCUUCGCUGGCAAGGAGCAACGCACGGCGUGUGGUGUUAUGUACGAGGUGGUGAUGGGCAUACCCAAGUCAGAGGGAAUGCAACCACCUCCAAAGAUCCCAGCCAACCCUUCAUUUGUUGAGUUGCAAGAAGAUGAGAAUGCAGUGGAGAAGUUCAAGACUGCAAUGACCUCCAUCACCAGCAUCCUGGCACUGGACAGACUGAAACAGGAGGUUUCUCUGAAGGAGAAGUUGACGAGGAGUGGCAAGAGUCUGCGCAAGAGAAUCACUCUUGGGGAGGCCACGCCACAGUCACUGAGUCGAGCUGACUCUGGGAUUAUCUAUUCAGGCAGUAGAGCAGAGACACCAGAGCCUGAGGCACCAAUACCUGAAGAGGCGGAGAUUAUGGCUGAUAAUGAGGAUGAACCCAUCACAAUAUUAGCCCCGCCCAUUAACCAGGGGGAGGAGCCAGCGACAGUGGGUGUGUCCACUGUGUCAUUAAGCAGUUCCCCUGUGGGAGGAGAGGGAGAGCUAGAGGCCAUCCCAGAGGAGGCUCUAGAAGUAGGCACUGAGAAAGGUAUUGCAUCGGGUGGUGGUCUGGAUGCUAUACCAGAGGAGGGGACUUCCCCUCACACACCUGUCAUUGAAGAAGUGAUCACACCCACCAUUAAGAUAGAGGACAGUAGUCCAAUUCACAAGCUAAUGGAUGAACCUCGACCCCCUGAACCAGAGGACACAGCACAAGAGCCAUCAGAGGGGACGUCCCCUAAUGAAGGGACUUCCCCUGUACCACCAGAGGACACCGUGACACUCGAGACUAGGCCAUCAGAACCAUCACCUGAACCACUAGAAGACCACACCCCCUCAACCCUUGACCCCAGCUCUGAGGAUCAGGCUAGUACCAAGAGUGAGGAGACCACACCCAUAUCUGAACUGAGACGUUCCUCUGAGUUAAUCGCACCCAUCUCGGAGUUAACCACACCCAUCUCUGAGUCAAGACGUUCCUCUGAAGGUGACAUCUUGACUACCAAAACAAGUGUCAAGAAGAAGGGGAGUAGUCAGCCAGGGAGUCCAAAGGUCAAACGAGCUGCCUCCCCCACUCCUAGCACCAGCUCCGAAAGCUCUAGUAUUGCUGAGUCAGCAACUCCAACUAAACCACCCCCUCCGCCUUGCAUUGUUGGAGAAAAGGUGAUGGUGGAUCUAUCCAGUGGAUUCAAACCAGGCACUGUCAAGUUUGUUGGAGAGACAGAGUUCCAGCCGGGAGAAUGGAUCGGUGUGGCCCUGGACAGACCUUUAGGCAAACACAAUGGCACGGUGAAGGGGGUCAAGUACUUCAAGUGCAAGGACAAACACGGACAGUUCGUGAGAGCUAGCAAGAUUCUCCACAACUCAACUGGUGGGUCGCCCACGACAACCGGACGUACAUCAUUGGGCAAGUCAGCAAGUCCACUCACAUCCGCUCGCAAGAUCUCCUCUAAUCCUAGUCUCCACACACGAACUUCUUACACUAGCGGAACUCGUCGAACAGGCUUAGGCCCUAAACGAUAGCUAGCUUUACACUCUGUCUGUCUGUAUGCGUGUGACCUAGAGCUCUGUGUACUGUGCCGUCUUAGAACUAUUAUAACAAUUUAUAUAGUACAAGAUUUAUUUAUUUUCAUGAAAAAUGAACUGUCAUGGUUGCUAUCAUGGUUGCUAUGAACCUUUAUGUCAAAUUUG